AUGCCAGUGAGGAGAAUCAAGGAUUUGGUUUCGCGACUACAAACUGAACGUUAUUAUGUCGAAAUCCUUGGCUGUCUGAGGCGGGACAAAGUUUUAGUGAAAAUAAGAUGUAGAUGCAAUAGGUGCAGAAGAGUUGUAUCGACAUUAUCAUGCAAUGUAAUCGUGAUACAACCGAGUAAUGUUUGUGAAUUUAGUGUAUUUGGACGUGUGAGAGAGAUGUCCGGCUCCGCAGUGGUAGCUGGAGCAGAUGGUGCUGCAGCUCCACACUGUUUCCCUUCACAAUUCGAAGUUCGUAUGACUGCUGAAGACCUGAAAGGACUCGACAUGGUAGCAGCCCCUUACGAUAUGAGCACGGACUUGGCUGUUGAGAUGGAAUUUGGCACGAUGAGUAUACCUCCAUCUUACCGAGUAUCUGUUCAACGAGAAGGUGAAACGAUCACUCAAUCCGUUGUACAUGCUCCAGUUACUGUGUUCUAUCUGAAUAACUUACCACGUGAUGGAAGAGAGUACUCAGUGAGAGUUGAGCCAGAUCGACAACAUCAAACAUUCCCAGCAAAGACAGUGUUCUUCACGACGGAUGCACCAGUACGGGUGGUACGCAUACCAAUUACAUCAUCGAAACGAUCUGGAGAAGUAGAAAUUAGCGCUGGAUCGUUGUUAGCAUUGCCGUUCUUUGGGCUUCUGGCUUUAAUUUUCUUCAAUCAGAGAGUCGAUUUUAUUGUUCAUUUUGCUUGUCCUGACGCUACAACGCUCAAAUUAAAUUUUUAUAUCUGCAACUCUUAUCCUAAACACCGCAUACUUGCUUCAGAUCUUCUUUCGUUUUCGCUUCUCACUAUCUCAUGA